UUAAUAACAAUAGUAAUUAUACUUGGAAGCUGGGCUUCCGUUUGUUGUUCAAACGACGGGCGAGUUUGUUGCUCGUCCCUAAAGCCGUUUGUCGGGGCAACACGGCACUGAGACUGAAUUUUCUAUACUUCAAUCUGUGGAGAGCUGCGAGAGAGUGCAUUUGCGGCAGUGGGUCGCGAGGAAGACGGACUGGGAUGAGACGUCCGCAGCAAGAAGCUCUCCAAGAGGAUAAUCACCAGCAUCGACAUCAUCAUCAUCCUCUUUGUCAAGGCACUCUGCCGUCAUGUUCAAUAGAGCCGCGACGUAGCGAUAAGGAGGAAUCAAGACUGGCACGAGUUAAACGUGCGCUGACUGGAUCACUGCUGGGACGUGUUGGAAAUGGUAAUUGUAACCGAGUUUUCGGAGCACGGUUGGAGCUGGUGGAGUCGUAUCUAGACACAGGAGUGCCCUAUGUUGUUCAUCGGCUCUGCAACUAUAUAGAGAAGCAUGGGUUUGAUAGUGCGACGUUGUUUCGAUUGUCUGGUGGGAGUCCACGACUUACUGAACGGCUCAGAGCAACAUUCGAAAGGAAAGGGGACGCGGAUCUCGAAGCUGCUGCGUGUCCUUCAACUGCAGCUACACUGUUGAGACAGUACCUGAAAGAGUUACCACAACCACUUGUUCCGUCUUCACUCGUAUCGAGACUUUUACACGUUCACUCACAAGAGUAUGAACAUCACCGCGAAGUAUGGAUCGAAAGAACGCAACAGCUUCUGCGAUGCCUACCACCCUCGCACUAUCGUCUUCUGGGCUACCUCGCCCACCAUCUCAGCAGUUAUGAGGCCCGACAUGGCAGAAGUUCUGGAGUGUGCGGCGUAUUCGCACCUGUCGUGCUUCCCCACGUCCCACCGGCCACGACUCUUCUGCGGGACAUAAUUACUGAGGCUUCAAAACUAUUUCCCGACUGCACUAGGGAUUCGUCAGCUUAUCCAGUGAUACCAAACGACUGCGAAGUUUGCUGUAACAAACCAAAGGACGAGAAAAAUAACUCAUCGUCAACCAGUACGGGUUUGCUUUGCGCGCUGAAACCGCGUAAACGUAAAGAACGUCGCGAAUCUUGUUGCCAAGAAAGAAAACUCAUAAGAAGUAACAGCGAAGAGCAAAUUUUAGAAAGCCCACCGAAUGGUGUGGAGUCAAUCCGCAGGGUCAGUAGCCACGAAGAUUUCAACAGUGACAAGCAUUUGCAUAUUAUUUAUCCUGAUCAAGACAUGGGACACGGAGUGAGAUGUACUGGGUUGCCUCUGCACGAGAGAACUAACGUUUCCCCGGUAUCAACAAAGCCGUCACCAUUACCCUCGCCUUGUGACAUUCUGCUUAGUGCUGAACGACUUGAGUGUGAUGUAGAGCGAGUACGCAGUACUGAGAGGUUCAGUAGAAGCAUUGCCCCUCGUGGGAGACGUGUAAUGAGACAUAAAAAAACACACAAGGGUCUGGAGAUUGAUCUCAACUCCAGCAAGGAAAAUAAUGCAAAUGAAAACGAAGAGCCGGAGUCAAAUUUAUAUAUAAAUAUAUCGGAUUCGAAUCGUCGUAAUGAAGGGACUGGACAGAGUUUUCUUGAAAUGCUGAGCAGUGGACCGAGCAGAUCUCCAUCGCCCGCCCGACCGCUUUCACUAGAUAACGAAGAUUUGAACAAUCCUGUGCCAACGAAUUGGGGCUUUCAGCGUAGACAGACAGACGAGGAAGAGGAGGAGGGUGAUACUAAUAAUGUUGAAGCGAUGUUGUCACCGAGAAAUUCUUUAUUGUUGCCGCGUAGAUUUUACUCUGAAAACGACGUCCCGCCAAGUGUUCCAGGACCAACAGAACUCGGUCUUAAGACCCUGACUAAGCACAUAAACGGAUUAAAGAAGAAAAUAAAAAAAUACGAGGACGAGUUUGAAGAGAAUUUUGGAUAUCGUCCAAGCCAUUCGGACAAGAUGAGCAAUCGUGAUAUCAAAAGACUAUGUUCGGAGCUUAAUAAACUGCGUAAAGAACACAAAAUGCUCAAGGAGGAUCCAAUCGGGCUGCUACGAGCGACUGCUAAUCGAAACAAUUCACUUGAUAAUGCCACUCAGAUAAACAACAACAACAGCCCAGAGAAAUCUCGGGCUAUAUUGAUGGAGGAUAUGUUAAAGGACGUGGAAAGGAAGCUUUCUGAAAAGAGAUCCAAGUACGGACGACCGGAUAGCUUGGAAGAAAUGACCUACGAGCAGUUGCUUGAUGAAAAAACAGCAGUUCAGAAAGCUCUGCUACAGAUUGAAGGUGCGUUCGGUAGACCCGUUUCCAAGGAAGACCGCUCGGUUGUCCGGACUCUGUACGACCGUUACCGAGCGUUAAAAAGACUGCUGAUAAGAGCUGGGUCCAGCAAAAACAAAGACAGCAUUUCAGAGCUAGCGACGAUUCUGGAGCACGAAGCCAUGGACUUUACAUCAUCAUCACUUCCUGGAAGUGCCGGUGACGGUGACAGACGAGCAAGUGAACCUGACAUGUCUCAUCGCGGAAUCUUGGACUGCAUUGACGCACCCGAUCCACUGCCCACCGACAGCGACAGCCAGCACAGCAGCAGCGAAGGAAGUCGAGGUGGUCCCGGCGAAAGUCUCCACGCUCUUCCCCAAGAAGAUCUCAUCGCCCAGCAGCGAGUCAUGAGGGAGGAAAAGAAGUGUCUCAGACGAGCUUUGAAAGAACUUGAAGCUCAAUUUGAAGCCAGAGCCGGCCGACGCAUGCAACGAGAAGACCGCGGACCUCACGUCACUACAAUCUACGAGUCUUACAAACAAACUAAAGCCAAAUUGCGACUUAUUGAUGCUCUUUUAUCGAAAACUGCUUGACGUAGUUUUUAACGUUCUUAUAUCGAUAAUAUAUAUAUGAGAAUAUUCAUCAUGUUGACGGUUUAUUAUUAUUAUUAUUUGAUCUCACAGACACAAAACUAUUAUUACUGAUAAAAUAUUCCUCAAAGGUCAUAUGUUAAUUUACAUAGAUAUUAUUGAUCAAGUUGAGCUUUCAUUCUAUUUAUUUAUUGAUGUUUAUUUAAAGUUGGCCGGUAUAUUUUAUACAGAAACUUGUAUUAAAAGACGACUUAAAUUUAGAUCAGUUCUGCGGUUAAGAAAAUUAAUUAAAAAAGUUUAAAAAAAAAAAAAAAACGGGAAAAUAUU